AUGACAACUAGCAAUGAUCCGCCAUUGAUAGGUACCUCAACAGCAACAACAAGAAAAGACAUACAAAUGGGGCCCGCAUGCUUGAGGAGCGAGAUGAUGGUUGGGGAGUUCACAGAGCCUGGUUGUUAUUCAAAGGCCUUAGUGGCUGUCAAUCUUGCUCUUGCUUUUGUCGAUAUCGCUAUUGCCGUCCUUGCAUUUUAUCAGUUGAUGAGAAUUCAUUCUAGGAAUCCACAGAGGGGUUGGACUCGACAGAAAGUGUUUCAUCUAAUGAUUGGUUUUGCCAACACGGGUUAUGGUCUUUAUUUUAUAUUAACUCUUGUUGCUGCUUGUAAGAAGUGGAUAUGCUGGUCAAGUUCUUGUGGUUUUGUUGUUAUGGCAUUGCCCAAGAUUCUAUUUCUUGCAGCUUUUCUUCUUCUUCUAUCUUUCUGGGUUGACCUUUGCCAUCAGGCAAAUGAUGAAGAUGAGGAUGAAUCAGAAGGUAGUCCCUAUGAAGCUUUGGUAGAGAAAGUAAAUAAACCAAAUCCAAAUCCAAAUUUGAAGGUUAUUAAUUAUACCCGCAGAAGAUGUUGCAAUAUUCGAAUCUUCCCUGGUGGCAGCCGUCAACAAGUUGUCAUAUUGGUGACAUUAUUAAUACUUGUGUUAAUGCUGGCAUCUGCUGUGCUUAUAUGGAUUGGCCUUGGAAAAAACCCUAUUGAUUCCUCAGUUGUGGCACGGGUGUAUGUAGAUACUUUUGCUGUUGCAAUGUUUUUCCUAGGAGGCGCAUUAGCAUGCUACGGAUAUGUGCUGGUAUCAAAAAUGAGUAAAGUUCGAUCUGAGAGGACUUCUUGCGAAAUGUGGAAGGUUGCUGGACUUGCUAUAGUUUCUGUUGUUUGUUUCACCUCAAGUUCAGUCGUUGCUAUAUUUACAAAUAUACCCGUUCUGUAUCAUUGUGAGUGGCGGGGAAUUGGAGGACUCUAUGCCUCUCUUUUACUCAUUGUCUACUACUUCAUAGGUUCAUCCGUACCUUCAGGUUUUGUGUUAUGGGUAAUGAGAGAAUUGCCACCUUCGGUUGCGGUUAAUGUUCCGGAAGAAUCUAGAACACUUGCUUUUGUAAGUGACUAUUCAACUACUACAACACAACCACAACAUUGGACUACUAUUACAACUGCACAAAAUCAGGGAUCAAGGGCAAGUCCAAUAUGACUGAAGUUGACCAAACGAUAUCUAACAACCUACUUGCUCGAGAGUCAACAAUGGAUGAAAAAGGCGGAGGGAUUUUGAUAGUUUAUUAGGUUCUUUUGUAUAUAUAAAAUUAUAAAUUAUAUAUCAGCAAUCUCUUUUUUUUUUCCUUUGAUAUGUUUUUCUAUU